AUGGUUGCUGCUAUCACUUCUAAACAAGAAUUUACCGAUGCUUUAUCUCACGAUGGAUUAGUCGUUGUUGACUUUUUCGCUACAUGGUGUGGACCAUGUAAGAUGAUUGCUCCAUUAUUGGACAAGUUCUCAGCCGAAUACAACCAAGCUAAGUUUAUAAAGGUUGACGUUGAUGAAUUUGGUGAAAUUGCUCAAGAAUAUGAAGUCAGUUCUAUGCCAACUGUUAUCUUCUUCAAGGGAGGUGAAGUCGUCAACAAGGUCAUCGGUGCCAACCCAGGUGCUUUGAAGCAAGUCAUUUCGGCCAAUGCUUAA